ACACCGGCUUAGUUGCGAUUCAAUCCACCUAGAGAUUGGCGGAGAGUUAACUGGGGCUUGCUGCUGAUGGUUGGUUGGUGUGACGAGGGAAUCGCAAUCAAGGCGUAACAUUCUGGAGUUUACCUUUUGAUAUGCCAGCUAUGGAUGGACAAGUUGGUGCCAUGGACAAGUAUUGGUACUUUUGGUCACCAUGUUACGUACAACUUCGAUUAAAACUAGGGAAGGCGCCUGAAAAAAUUCACCCUAUAGAUGCUUUACUGGCUGAACUGCAGUCGAAGACGCAACAGAACUAUAGCCAGCAGCAGCAGCAGACUCAGCCCCAGGCCCACCAAUACCCUCCGUCUUACGGCAGUUCCAGUCCAUCACCGAGGGGAAGCAAUCGCCAGUCCUACGAGUCUGACAAAAGUUUUGAAGGGCGCUACCCACAUGAAUCAAACGUGCAGCCAAUCUAUGAACCACAGAACGUCCGACAAGUUACAACAGUAACGAAAACCCAACAGUCCUUUACGAACGCUCCAGCAGCCCCGCCCUCCAGCCGGAAUAACUCCACGUCGGCCCCUCCUAAACCGCCAGCAAUGUCGAAUAAAGCGCUUGGCGAGAACCUCUCUGAGUUGGACUCCUUGUUGAUGGACCUCAGUACUCCACAGUUCAUUAGUGAAGUGGAUAGGAAAAGUGGAGUACAGUACAACUAUAAUGAACCUAGGGAUAUAAUGCAGGCUCAUUCAGGUUAUUCCACGGUGAAUACAUCCCAGGGUGUAGACAGUUUACUAGAUGACCUACAGAAUUCAGUGCCUUCCACAGAUAACCACUACCAAGGUAGACAUGGCCAGUUCGACAAAGGCAAGACGACGUCUGCUGCCACCAAGGAGUUGGAUGACCUGAUGAACUCGUUGUCAGAUUUCAAGAUGAACCCUCCGGCCAAUGCCCCAACUAUUCAACAGCAACAUCAGGUUGUGCAAAAACCAGUCUUGGAACACGUUGGAGAGCCUCCCUAUGCACGACCCUACAAACCGUCAAAACCUCAGCAGCUUGUGAAGACAGAAACGGUCACAACCGUGAGAACUGAAACACAUGUCCAGUCUGGAGACACCACUGAUGCACCACCUUUCCCACGGGUUACUCCUCCCGAAACACCACAGCCGGCCGGUCAGUCGCAGAAUAGCCAGCAGAUGAUGAACCAGUCACAGAACGUCCCACAGAUGAUGAAUCAAAAUAGCCCUCAAAUGAUGAGUCAGAGUAACUCACAGACGAUGAGCCAGAACUCACAAUUGAUGAACCAGAACAACCCUCAAAUGAUGGGUCAGAAUAACUCGCAAUCGGUGAACCUGAACAGCUCGCAGAUGAUGGCCCAGAAUGCACCACAGAUGAUGAGCCAGUCCCAGAAUGCAACACAGAUGAUGAGCCAGCAGCAGACGUCCCAGGCCCAGCAGACGGCCAACCUUGACUCAAUGCUUGGCAACCUGCAGUCUGACAUGAACAGACAGGGAGUGUCAACAAUUGCCAAGGGGCAUUGUGCUGCUUGUAAUAAACCAAUUGUUGGCCAGGUGAUAACAGCCUUAGGAAGAAUCUGGCAUCCUGAGCAUUUUACUUGUAAAAGUUGUGAUCAAGAGUUGGGCACCCAGAACUUCUUUGAGAGGGACGGCCACUCUUACUGCGAACGGGAUUACCAUAGUUUAUUUGCACCCAGGUGUGCCUUUUGUAAUGGACCUAUUUUGGAUCAAUGUGUUACCGCUUUGGAUAAGACUUGGCAUACUGAGCAUUUCGUCUGCGCUCAGUGUCACCGGCCAUUCGAUGAUGGAGGUUUCCAUGAAAAGAAUGGAAAACCAUACUGCAGAGAUGAUUACUUUGGAAUGUUCGCUCCCCGAUGUGGCGGGUGUAACCAGCCCAUUAUGGAUAACUAUAUAUCUGCUUUGAAUAAGCAGUGGCAUCCUGAGUGCUUCGUUUGUCAGGAUUGUCAUAUGCCAUUCAGUGGCGGUAGUUUCUUCGACCAUGAUGGUUUCCCCUACUGUGAGAUGCAUUACCACGCGAAACGCGGCUCGCUGUGCGCCGGAUGCCAAAAGCCGAUCACAGGGCGAUGCAUUACUGCUAUGUACAAGAAGUUCCACCCUGAACAUUUCGUUUGCGCCUUUUGCUUGAAGCAGUUGAACAAAGGCACAUUUAAGGAGCAGAAUGAAAAACCGUAUUGUCACUCUUGUUUUGUUAAGCUUUUCGGUUGAAAAUUGAUCCACUCUUGAUAUGAUACGCCAAGUUACCCACGCCUAGUAUGAGGCUCUCCCUUUUAUGAGGUGAAUUAUUUUCAAAUUACACGUGCACCAUACUUUGUCUGCAGCUUCAAAGCUGUUGAGAGCCAGGUUGCAACGAGCUUGGCAGCAUGGAGCAUUUCAUUAAGUUAUUAUUUGGUUUGACGCAAAAGGGAACGAUUCAUAUAAAGGAAAGGGAGGUUGGAAUGUCUGCUAAGCUGUUCGGUUCUCCUUUCAUUGGGUGCUAUUAAAUUGCAAAAUAUUUUGAAACCUUUAAUAUCUGAUAUGGAAUAUUUUUUCAGUGAAGUAUCUUUUUCAAAUCAGUAUUGGUCUGUGUAAUGGAUCAGUUUAUUAUAUUUGUAUAAACAACCCAGAAUGUAGAAAUUGUACUUCACUUCCUUGAUUUGACACAAGAGGGAUGAUUUAAGAUUUUGUGUAAGGUAAGGUGUUACAAUUACAACCCUGGUACAGUUAUAGCCUGAGUGUGCAAUGAUGUGUACUACCAGUUGUUUCAACAAUAUUAGGGCUGUACUUGUCCCACUUGAACUUAUUUUGAGUUGGUCAACUUCUUGUAAAUAAGUUUGUUUUGAUUCAGGGUAACUGGAGGAAAAAAGAAGAAAUUCAUAUUGUUUUUGAGGAGGUGAUGUGCAUCAGAAGAAAACUUGAGUAACAUAGUGAUUAGUUGUGACAGGCCAGGGUCAUUAUAUGCUCAUUCGGGUGUGGUAUUAAGCUCAGUAUAUACUUAGAUUUGCAUCUCUGUACACAUACAUGUAGUCAUGUACAGUCGACUCUAAAUGGUCUGGGCCAGAAAUUUGUUGGUUAUUUUGAUACAGAAUAGAGUGCUGGUUUGAACUCUUGUAAAGAUUUUGUUAAAUUUGGGUUGGACGUUUUUGUAGAGAGGAGGUUACUGGUUUCUUUAACUGAACGAUGGAGUCAUUGACAAGAGUACUUGUGAUAAUUAGUUUUGUUGCAGUUAAAACUGAUAAAAUGUACAUUGUAUAAUUAUUAUGUAUUUUAUAUGAUGAUCAGAGAAAGUCAUUAGGCAUACAUGUACUUUGAAUAAAUGCAUCAGAAUUAGUGAUAGCUGUAUAGUUAUGUAUGUGUAUGUUUGUUUUGUAGAUCGAGAUUGUGUGGUCGUCUUCAUGCUUACAUUUAAGUGCUAUUCAGAAUAAGUUAUACCAUGGUAAAACACCUGCUAUAAAUUAUGUGAAAAAAAACCUGUUUGACAAUUUUUUGGUCCCUUCUCACCAUCCUAAUCAUGAAAACGGUUGAGCAUUUCUGCCCUUCCAAAAGGGACUUGACAAAAUUUGUCUGUCAGUGAUCCUUUAAUAGGUCUUUUGCCCAUGAAUUUUAAGCAUGAUAAAGGCCUACCUUUGAUGAAAGCAGAACCUGUGUGAAUAGUUUUCUGAAUUAUUCUGAAGAGCAUUUACUUGAGUAUUGACCAAUAUCAAUUUAGGGGUGAACUUGACCUCUACUGUAAAGCUGGUUGGAGCCAUCAAGACUUUCUAGCUGGGUGGCACCGUCUGGGUUAUAAUCAAAUACUACAGGUAUAUCAAACAGAAGUGGUGAAGCUGUGCUGUGAUCUAGAGAGUUGGGACGGCUCCUGACUGAUUUUACAGUGACUGUACAUGUACAGAAAAUGUACUAGUUUGUGUAGAUAAAUAAUUGUUAAUACGUAGGAUGAACAUAGCUACUUCUUUAUAUUCUAUAUUUUCAAUCUCUUAUGCAAUUGAUGGAAACUCUGUUGACUGUAUUGCCCAUUGCUACAUGUAGAUCCACCCACUGGAAUAGAACUUUAAUGAUAUGUAGCAAUGCCGCGUUGUUUAAAAUAUAGUCGGUGUUCAAACGGUAACCUUGGAAUACCCACAGCAACAGCUUCUCAUAGUUUGGUUAUCAUUGAAUCAAAUCGAUUGUGAAUAAAAGUUUUCGGGCUUCUAUUAUUCUUGGACAAAAUUAACAUGUAAUCCACGGUGCUAUGAAUAAUAAACUAUCACUUGCAUAUUUGA